CCUGUCCUGGAGAAAAACACCAUGUUAGCAGCUUUAGUGGAGCAGCUGAAGAAGACUGGACUCCAAGCUGCUCCAGCUGAUCACUGCUAUGCUGGACCUGAAGAUGUGGCCUGUGAUGUCUGCACUGGGAGGAAGCUGAAAGCCAUCAAGUCCUGUUUAUUCUGUCUGACCUCUUACUGUGAGAAACACCUCCAACCUCACUAUGAUGUAGCUCCAUUAAAGAAACACAAGCUGGUGGCCCCCUCCAAGAAGCUCCAGGAGAACAUCUGCUCUCAUCAUGAAGAGGUGAUGAAGAUUUUCUGUCGUACUGAUCAGCAGAGUAUCUGUUAUCUCUGCACAGUGGAUGAACAUAAAGGCCAUGAAACAGUCCCAGCUGCAGCAGAAAGGACUGAGAAGCAGAAGGAGCUCGAGGUGAGACGACUAAACAUCCAGCAGAGAAUCCAGGAGCGAGAGAAAGAUGUGAAGCUGCUUCAACAGGAGGUGGAGGCCAUCAAUGGCUCUGCUGAUAAAGCAGUGGAGGACAGUGAGAAGAUGUUCACUGAGCUGAUCCGUCUCAUCCAGAAAAGAAGCUCUGAUGUGAAGCAGCAGGUCAGAUCCCAGCAGGAAACUGAAGUGAGUCGAGUCAAAGAGCUUCAGGAGAAGCUGGAGCAGGAGAUCGCUGAGCUGAAGAGGAAAGACGGCGAGCUGGAGCAGCUCUCACACACAGAGGAUCACAACCAGUUUCUACACAACUACCCCUCACUGUCAGCACUCAGUGAGUCUACACACUCAUCCAGCAUCAAUAUUCGUCCUCUGAGCUACUUUGAGGAUGUGACAGCAGCUGUGUCAGAGACCAGAGAUAAACUACAGGACAUUCUGAGAGAGGAAUGGACAAACAUCUCACUGACAGUCACUGAAGAGGAUGUUUUACUGUCACCACCAGAGCCAAAGACCAGAGCUGGAUUCUUAAAAUAUUCACAUGAAAUCACACUGGAUCCAAACACAGCAAACACACAUCUGUUAUUAUCUGAGGGGAACAGAAAAGUAACAUUAAUGAAACAACAACAGUCUUAUUCUGAUCAUCCAGACAGAUUCACUGUAAUGUGUCAGGUUCUGAGUAGAGAGAGUCUGACUGGACGUUGUUACUGGGAGGUGGAGUGGAGAGGGGGAGGAGUUGGUGUAGCAGUCGCAUACAAGAAUAUCAGCAGAGCAGGGAGGAAAAAUGAAUGUUUGUUUGGAUACAAUGACAAAUCUUGGGCAUUAUAUUCUUACACAAACAGUUAUACAUAAUUUACACAACAAAGUCCAAACUGUCCUCUCAGGUCCUCGGUCCUCCAGAGUAGGAGUGUACCUGGAUCACAGAGCAGGUAUUCUGUCUUUCUACAGCGUCUCUGAAACCAUGACUCUCCUCCACAGAGUCCAGACCACAUUCACUCAGCCGCUCUA